AUAUCAGUCCAAUGUUAGUAUGGGCUCCCCCAAGGCAGGAGGCCGUAACUAAACGCAGAAACAGCUUCAAAGUCGUUGAGCAGAGAAAAGGGGCAAAACAAAGAAAGGAAUCGAAAAACCAAAGGAAGGAGGAGGCUAAAUUGCAGAGCUAAUUAAAAAAUCAAUGGAUAGAAUGUUCUACAGAGGGUAUUACACUUUCCCUAGAUAUCCUGAUGGUGGUGAUGGGCGCGAAAUGGGUGCCAAGCGUCAGAGAUUAGUUGAUCAGGGUCCUUCAUACUAUGGAACUUCCCCUGGUCCGAGUUUUAUGUAUAAUCCACCACCUUAUGGAUAUGUUGCCCAACCUCCACCAUUCCCUGUUGUCCGACUUCGUGGCCUCCCCUUUGAUUGCACAGAAACAGACGUGGCUGAGUUCUUUCAUGGUCUGGACAUAGUAGAUGUUCUUUUUGUCCACAAAGGUGGAAAGUUUACUGGUGAAGCUUUUUGUGUUCUGGGUUGUCCUCUUCAAGUUGAUUUUGCCCUUCAAAAGAAUAGGCAGAACAUGGGCAGGCGAUAUGUUGAGGUUUUCAGAAGUAAGAGGCAGGAUUAUUACAAGGCAAUAGCAAAUGAAGUUUCAGAUGCCCGUGGUGGUGGUUCGCCACGACGAGCUCCAAGGGCUAAAUCUUAUGACGAGGGAAAGGACUCAGCUGAACAUACAGGAGUAUUACGUUUGAGAGGACUGCCAUUUUCUGCUGGCAAGGAUGACAUAAUGGAGUUCUUUAAAGAUUUUGUGUUGUCAGAGGAUUCAGUUCAUAUUACAAUGAACUCAGAGGGGAGGCCAACUGGGGAAGCCUUUGUGGAGUUUGCUAGUGCAGAAGACUCAAAGGCAGCAAUGGCAAAGGAUAGAAUGACUCUUGGGAGUCGUUACAUAGAGCUGUUCCCAUCAUCAAUUGAGGAGCUGGAAGAAGCAGUUACAAGAGGCAGAUGAUGUUUGCUUCUGCUAUUUGUACUACUGGUGAAGUUAAACUGCCUUAUUGUUUAAAUUUGGCCUCUUUAUUUUCUCUUCAGUUAGUAUAUUUGGCAUAAUUUUGAGCUUGUAUGUUUAUUUUCUUUUUAUUAGAAUCCCAAAUGAGAACCUAUGCAUUUUAGUUA